UUCCGGGUUCCCUCCUCCCCCUCACUGAAAUGCAGCUGCGCCAUCCCUCCUUUGUCUGCUGAGGAAGAGUGCAACGACUUGCAGUGGAGAAGACGCCGGUGGGCCCUUUGCUAACUACACCGUUUUCCUUGUUGUUGCAUUUUUGUUUUAAAGGGGAGAAGCUUAACGAACUGAGCGGGGCUUCGUUCGCGCGUUAUGAGCCAAGCGAAUGCUAAUAAGAGCAACACAGAGCCCGCCGUAGAGUCAAGCCCAGCAGAGAAUAAGAUCAAAAUGGAAGACACUAAGUACCUCCCGGAGCUCCUGGCCGAAAAGGACAGCCUGGAUUCAUCGUUCACGCAUGCAAUGAAACUCAUAUCUGCAGAGAUUGAGAGGAUCCAGAAAGGUGAAACCAAGAAAGAGCCUGAGAAGGAAACCUACCUGGACCUGUUUGCAACCAAGAAUCUGAAGCUCAAGGAGCGUGUCCUCAUUCCCACCAAGCAGUACCCUAGGGUCAACUUUGUGGGAAAGCUUUUGGGACCUCAGGGUAGCACGAUCAAGAGGCUGCAAGAGGACACCGGAGCAAAGAUUUCAGUUCUGGGUAAAGGUUCCAUGAGGGACAAGAACAAGGAGGAAGAAUUUAGAAAGGGGGGUGAGGCUAAAUAUGCUCACCUCGCCAUGGAGCUGCAUGUGUUCAUCGAGGUGACGGCACCCAUACCAGAAGCGUACCUGCGCAUGGCUCACGCCAUGGAGGAGGUGAAGAAGUUCCUUAUCCCGGAACCUGGUGAGCAUGAUCCAUACAUGGAUCCUCUGUUCCUGAAUGGAUCCCAGGAUGGUUCGAGGGGGCGAGGUGGUCCUCUAGGAAGGGGCAGAGGUGGACCACCUGGUGCUGGAGGACCAAGGGGCCGAGGAAUGCCACGUGGUGCUCCUCGAGGAGCGAUGCGCGGUGGGGCUCCACGCGGAGCACCGGGGCGAGGUGGUGCACCAAGAGGCGCUCCGUCUGGUCGGGGUGGACCUCCUUCUGCUCCUACUAGAGGAGGCUCUGCUCCUCGCUCCAGACCGCCUGCAGCAGGGGCUCCCAGGAUGCUCCCCUCGGCAGCCUUGUCUCACCAGCAACACCAGGUUCCACCUUCAGCAACAGGGUCAAAGCCUGAUGCUUAUGAGGAUUAUCCUGCAUAUGAUGACUCUUAUGCAGAGCCGGCAUAUGAGGGAUAUGACAAUUAUUAUAGCCAGCCUUCUGCACCUGCGGAUACAGAGUAUUAUGAUUAUGGACACGGUGAAGCCCAGGAUCCGUCAUAUGAGGCCGGUUAUGCUCAAGAUGAUUGGGACAACUCGUGGUCCGGUGCCGGGGCUGGAGGCAAAGCCCCUCCAUCUAGGCAGGCAAAGGGAUCGUACAGAGAGCAUCCUUACCCAAGAUACUGAACAACUACUGGUAGAGAGUUGCAGUGGCAACUGUCUCCGAUUGUAACUCACGCUUAACUUUACAAAAGUAAUUUCCCUCUCGUUUCCUUUUUUAAUGGUUUUAUUUAAAACAUUUUUUUUCUUUUUUUAAACCUAGGACAUUUUGUUGGAUGUAUCCUAGUGCCAGAGGAGCAACAUGAAAGAUUUUUUUUUUUCUCCCCAUUGUUUGUUUCAGUUGCGUAGUUAAGGUCUUACUGACAUAAACAUAACUAACAAAAUGACUUUUUUAGUUUAGUUUUUUUUUUUUGUUAGAUAUUUGAUGGUAAAUAUUUUUGUUAAUGGUUCCUGCACAAACUGUGAUUGUGGCGAUUAAAAUUUUCUCACAUAGGCUGCAUUUUUUUUGUAAAAAGAAAAAAGUCCUGCAUGACUGGACAGAAAUUAUUCAUGACGACUCCAUUUGUAAAUUUACAAUAACUUAAACAGAUUUAGUUGCAAACUCAAAUACAACCAUUUUGAUCAAAACGGUCUUAUUUGUUUAUAUUGCAUUACAAAUCUAGUUGUGUGACGUUACUCCCAAAGAGCAAAUAAACAAAAAAUAACUGUAGAAAUCCAUUUGACAAAGAAUAAAGGCCUUUAUUUUCUGCCACCCUUUUACAAUUGGUAUUUUAUGAAAAGUCGCUCUAUUACUUGCAAAAUCAUCGCUGAUCGACUAAUUCUUGUAAAGCUUGAAGGAUUAAUAACUUACUGUGUACGUAAGACUGCAGCCAACUCAGUCUUUUUGUAUAUAACCUUAGGAAAACUGUGUAUGCUUAAGUCGUGCCGUCUCCAAAAUGCUUAAUGCUUGUGUAUCUUUUGACUAAAUAGGUAACUAAACACAUCCCCAAAAAAACAAUGUCUUUCUGCAGUGCGUGUUUCAAUAAAGUUUCUAGUUUCUUUUUAAUCAACCUAAACAUGGUAUUUUUGCCUUUGUUGUACCAAAGGAUUAUCUCCAGUUUGUGAAAAUGGUCCUCAGUGGUUUUCAACAAUGCUGAAUAAGCUGUAUGUAUACACGUCAACUUUGAUUUUUAAAAUUCAAAAGCAGUGUUUGGUUUUUUGUUUUGGGUUUUGUUUUUUCUACAAGAAGUCUAUCCUCUUCGCCUGUCUUCAAAAUUUUAUCUAAAUGCCACUUGUAAUGCCACCUUAAAAAAGAAAAAAAGAAAAAGGGGGGGGGGUGGGAGAACUGAAAUUAAAUAAAGCUCAUCGUUCCUUGAGGUAAUGUGCUGCCAAAUACAUGUUUGACUUGAAAGUGAUAUUAGUGCUUGAACAUGUAUUGUCAUUUAACCUUUAGUUAGUGCAUCUCUUCAAGCUCUCAAGAGAGCCGUGCAUCUUCAGCCGCUUGAAAUAACCGAAUUUCAACAGUAUUUCAAAUCAAGCUUGCAGGGAUCUUACUUGACUUUGAUGCAAAGUCAUGCUGGCUGGUUUUUAUAAAAGAAAAAAAUCGCAGAGGGAGAGGAUUCUAAAAGCCUAAAGAUCGCCACAAGAAGGUAAAACUAACCCCAACACUCAUUUUAGAAUUUUCUUUUUUUCUGUGCAAAACAUCCAAGUAAUGCAAGUCAUCCAAAACAUCAAAAACAUAUUUUUAAUUACAAAAUUAUGCUAUUAGUAGUUCAUUCCAGGCCAAAUAAGCCGCACAAAACAAUAUGGUGUUGAUGCAACUCUUGCUCAAAUUUAAAAAGAAACAAAACGAGAAUUGCCCAUUCAUUUCACCUAAUACUUAUUACCAUCUUGAUAAUUUUAUAGAUUGUAGAUUAAAUGAAAAUUACUAGUAGCACUCUCAAAGCCUUAAAACUCAUUGGAGGAGACGAAAGGAAAAAAAAAACGCUAGAGUUGCAUGAUACUUUUAAUAUAAAAUUAGUUUCUGUUUGCAUGUUUUUACCUGCUGUGUUUGAAUGUUGGCACUUGUGAGUUCCAGAUCUCAUUUGGUUUUCUCCUCUUAGGUUGUCUGAGAACUGCGUAGGUGCAGUUGAUAUAUUGAACUCCGGCGUUGGCAGACCUUUUAAGCAGGUCCAUUGACGUUCCUGGAAAGAGCAGAGGCCUUGCAGUGUCUCUGAGACUGAGUCGUCUUUUUUCUUUUCCCCUCAGGGAGUGAGAGAGCUUGACUUCUGUGUAAGAUUGCUUUAGCAUUGAUGGGUGUACGGGCAUUAAGUGAAUGCUUGUUCUUGAAUCUGUACAGAUUUUACUCUUUUUAACUGCAUUUUUAUUUAACAAUAAAAGAACACAAAAUGACA